ACGUGGAGGUCAAGGGACAACAGGGAGAGAGGACACGCCCAUCCUCACUUCAUUCAUCGUCAUCGAUUCAUCGGUUGCCCGCAAAUCCACCCAAAAGAAAAACACUCUCCACCUCGAGAAUCUCGAUGGCCGCCCACGGCAAGCCCAAGGCCGCCGGUCCGCCGCCGCCGCCUCCUCCACCGCCGCCCGAGGCGAGGAAGGGCUUCAUGCGCCGCAUGUUCCCCUUCCUCCUGGCCGCCAACCUCUUUGUUGGAGUUUAUGUACUUGUGAGGACCUACCGAAAGGACUCCGCAAAGGACUCUGCAACAGAUCCUGCUACCGCAUCAACCUCAUCUGCUGGGAAGCCUGUCGAACCAGUCACUGUGCCCAGAAAGGAGCUCCCACCAAUCCCCGAAGACGAGCAACGCCAACUCUACAAAUGGAUGCUGGAAGAGAAGCGGAAGAUAAAGCCAUGCAACGCUGCAGAGAAGAAGAAACUCGAUGAGGAGAAGGCCCUUCUCAAGGAGUUCAUCCGAGCAGGAUCCCUCCCGAGCUUAUGAGCUUACCAUUUGUCAUUUUGGAUAUCUUGUGUUUGGUGUGUCACCAGGAAUGUGGUUGGGCCUGAUUGGAUUGUGUACUUAUGAGCUCACCAGUUGUCAUUUUGGAUAUCUUGUGUUUGGUGUGUCACCAGGAAUGUGGUUGGGCCUGAUUGGAUUGUGUACAAGCGCAUUACUGUACUCUCUUGUAAGCUGAUGUCUCGACAAUUUGACCUCCUCAAGUCGAAAGGAUGUGUGCAUGCAAACUUGCAUUGGCUGCAUUGAAAACUUCUGUUUGG